AUGGCUUCUUUGGGCACUGAAAGAGCCUCAUCAUCUUCUUCUUUCACACCUUGUUGGACAUAUGAUGUAUUCCUCAGUUUUAGAGGUGAGGAUACACGCAAUGGUUUUGCAGACCAUUUAUAUUUUGCUUUGAAACAAAAAGGCAUUUUUACCUUUAGAGAUGAUGAAAAACUUGAAAGAGGAAAAUCAAUUUCACCAAAGCUCUUGAAAGCAAUUGAAGAAUCGAGAUUUGCUAUUGUCAUUCUCUCAAGAAACUAUGCAUCUUCAAUAUGGUGCCUAGAUGAACUUGCAAAGAUCAUUAAAUGCAUGAAAGAGACUGGAAUGACAAUUCUACCUAUUUUUUAUAAAGUGGAUCCAUCAGAUGUACAAAAGCAGACAGGAACUUUUGCAGAAGCUUUUGUUAAACACAAAAAGGAGAACAAAAAGAAGGUGCAGAAAUGGAGAGCUACUUUGAGAGAAGUGGCCAAUUUCUCAGGGUGGCAUUUGCAGGAUGGGUAA